AUGGCAGCUGCAGUGGGGGGGAGAGGUUUCCUUGUGCAGCCAUGCUCUUUAUCCUUUGUUUCUAAUAAGAACGUACUGAAGCACUCAUUUGGUGCAGCAAACACUUGCUGGCAUGUCAAACCAGCAAAACCUCAAGGUUUUGCCCGACACGUGGCCCAUGCCCAGCUGCGCCCUACAUGGCUCCCUGGGCUCGACCCCCCACCCUACCUUGAUGGAAGCUUGGCUGGGGAUUUUGGGUUUGACCCCCUUGGGCUUGGGGAGGACCCGGAAAGCUUGAGGUGGUAUGUGCAGGCAGAGCUGGUUCAUGCUCGCUUUGCAAUGCUUGGAGUUGCAGGAAUUCUUCUAACAGAUUUACUGCGUGUAACAGGGCUUCUCAGUAUACCAGUUUGGUACAAAGCAGGUGCAGUAAAAUUUGGCUUUGCCAAUACAGAGACUCUGUUCCUUGUCCAACUAAUCUUGAUGGGAUUUGUUGAAACUAAAAGAUACAUGGAUUUCAAAAGUCCAGGAUCUCAAGCCCAAGACGGUUCCUUCUUCGGAUUGGAAGCUGCACUAGAAGGUUUAGAACCUGGAUAUCCUGGUGGGCCUUUGUUAAAUCCUCUUGGUCUGGCAAAAGAUAUCAAGAAUGCUCAUGAAUGGAAGCUUAAAGAGAUUAAGAAUGGGCGCCUUGCAAUGGUAGCCAUGCUUGGCAUCUUUGUGCAAGCUUCUAUUACUCAUGUAGGACCAAUUGAUAAUCUUGUGGAUCACCUAUCCAACCCAUGGCACAGAACCAUUGUUCAGACUCUUGCUAACUCUGCUUCUUAA